UCUCAUAAAUUGAACGACCUUGUCUUCCUGAUCCGAUUUCCCGAGAAAUAAGAACAACAAAAAACGAAAAAACCCUUCGCUUCCUUUCUUCUCCAUUCACCAUCUUCCCCACAGAUUUCACAACCCAUUUGAUAUUUUCCUCUUUGCACCACCCAUUUCAUCAGAAAUUCUGAAAUUUCAAAUUCCUCUGUUUUAGAAAAUGAGCUGCCACUCUCUUCUUGUUCAUGUCCAUUUGUAAGGUUUUGUUCCUACUUUGUUCCUGUCCUUGCGAUUAAUUUCAAUACCCACUAAUCGAAUUCCUUUGAAAUGCAAUUCACAUUCAUAAAUUAAUCGCAAUUUGUCUGCAAAUUCAUUCAAUCUCAAUCACAUUUUGAGGUUCUCUGUUUUUUUUCCUCUGCAAAAUUAUCCGAAACAGAGGAACAACAUUUAAGAACAGAGAAAUAAAUGGCCCAACAAUCCCCGGUUAAACCGGUGCUCCAGAAACCGCCGGGUUACAGGACCCCAAACUACCCGGGCCAACGCGUACCCGGUCCACCGCCGCCGCGAAAACCCGUCUACCCGCCUACUCUCCGCCAAAAGCAGAAAAAACGAGGGGGCAGCUGCUGCAAAAUAUGCUGCUGCGUAUUCUGCGCCUUCCUUCUCAUCGUCGUCAUCCUCGUCGCCCUCGCCGGCGGGAUCUUCUACCUCCUCUUCGACCCGCGCCUCCCGGCCUUCUACUUGAUAUCGUUCCAGAUCCCCAAAUUCGACGCCGUUUCGAAGUCCGACGGGACCCACCUCGACGUCCAGGCGAUGACGAGCGUGGAAGUGAAGAACCCAAAUCCCAAAUUGGACAUUUACUACAGCGAGGGGUUCGAGAUGUCGCUGAGCAUCGGGGACGAGAACGACGGCGGAUUGGGGCUAGGUACGAAGGAGGUGAAGGGGUUUACGCAGCGGCACCGGAACACGACGUACGUGAAGGUGGAGAGCGGGGUGAGGAACAAGGUAGUGGAGCAGCCAGUGGGGAAGAAGCUGCUGGGGCAGUUCAAGAGCAAGGAGAUAAAGGUGACGGUGGAGGGGAAGACGAGGGUUGGGUAUGUGAUCCAAGGGUGGAGGGUGGGGACGAUGCAGAUCAAUGUGUUGUGUGGCGGUGUGAGGUUGAAGAAUGUCGAUGCUGGAGACAUGCCCAAGUGCACUAUCAAUACCUUCAAAUGGAUCAACAUUCGUUGAUAUGUGUUAAGGCUAAUGGUAGAAGAGAGAGAGUUGGUCAGCUGGAUAUAUGCUGCAAUUUUUCAAGCUCACACAUUUGUUACCCAAAGAGUAAAGAAUGGAUUAUCUCCCUAAUCUAUCUUUAAUAUUUAUAACGAGCCUUUACAAAAAAGAAUUGGAGGGAGCAAAUAUCAUCUUAAAAACAGGCUAACAUUUGUCCCUGUUUAAGCUUUGGAUCAUUCUGAUGCAAUUGGAAUAUCAGUUAAGAAGGGGCCUGGGAAUUGAGUUUAUUUAUUUGUUUGUUUAA